AUGGAAACUACAGGCAAUGAUAAACCGAAAUUGUCUCGAGCCCCAGGCAGCUCGAGUCAUAGCCAGCGUCCUCCUCCAGUGCGCCCCUCCCCAGCACCUGGCUCUAUACGCGCCGUACUACUCGAAAACUGCACCACUCGACUCUUUGUUCAUCCCUUUGAUUGGACCACCGACCAUUACCGCGCUCUUCACGUCGAACUUGUUAUAUCUGCUAGUGUAGAAGAGCCGGUAGCGGAAGACAUUAAAUCACAGGUCGCUGAGAGCAGAAUAAUAAGCGGAGCAUUAUGGAAUGUAAAUGGCUGUCACUUGGUAAGAAGAGACAAGGCGACUCGAAGCCUAGUGAUCGGUAUGGCAAGAGUACAGAACCUGCACCUGGAAUGGAAAAGACUGCAUUUCAUGUAUGAGAACCAGGCCAUCGCUAAACUCCAUGACGUUCUGGUCGCCUGGCCUCGACCUACGUCUGAGCUUGAUUCAAGACUUCCAAUCUGGGCGUACACUGACCAAAAGUGCACAUGUGAUGCACGACGGAGUUGGUACAAAUCUAAAAAGAAACCAUGGUCGUUUAUUUGGGCUGAGCCCAUCCGCAAACAAAAGCUUCCAGUUGACCCCAUUUACAUCGCUAUUCUGAUCGCUCUGGCCCAACGGAGAAGGAGAUUCAUUCCGCAGGGACCAACAUCGCACCGGGUCACUCUUUUUGCCCCUGUGCAUGAAUCAAUAGUGAUAGCCAGUGCUCCUCCAUCAAGCACUACAACACCCACGUCACCACAAGCCAGAAAGCGAAAAGUAGUAUCGCACAUUGUACAAUACACGGCCGACAUUUCAACCGCAUACUUGCAGAAGUUCGAGGAGCCUUACAAAUUCCAUGAUGCUAGCCUCCGCAUUGAGCAAAAGAUGCUAUCGAUCGACGAAGCUGCUAUAUUCUUUCAAGCUAUGCAAUCUGCUUCCAAUGACCUUAACACGUACCCGAAACCUUCUUCUGAGGGUUCUACCUCGAAGAAACGCAAAGCACUUGAGGAGCUGAGCCCCAAUACCGACGAUCAAAAGCUGGAAAGCAAGCGGAGGAAAGUUUGUAAUACAUGA